AUGAGUAGUGUUGUCAAUAAAGGUGGAACUCGUUUUGCUCCUAAAAUGAGGCAACGUAGAACUGCUGCUUCAGGCCUACCUACAGUGGGUGCUGUUGCGACUCCUAUAACUGCCGUCCAGGCUUCGGAGGAAGUUGAUGAUGCUGGAAAAGACGAAAUUUCAAAGAGUGUAGUAAAUGAUAGUGCAACUUUAGUUGCUACUCAAAUAUCAACUCAAGAAGUAGAUGUUGAUGAGGGCCCAUUAGCUAAAGGUACACAAAAUGAAGAUAUAGAUCCUAAACAAAUUAUAAAUACUGAUGGGAAACGAUUAUCCGUUUCUGGCCCAUCUGAUAAGCAUCAAAGAAGGUUUAGUCGGUUACCAUCAUUAAGCGGUACUCUAGGGAGUCCAUUGUUGAAACCUUCUCUAACUGGACCAAAUAAUACUAAUAGAAGAUUAUCUACAAUUUCCAAAAAUCCUAAAAAAAAGAAAAUAUUAAGCAUUAAUAAACUAUUAUCUGAAAAUGAAGAUGAUGCUACUUUAAAUGCGAUUAAAAAACGUAGGUUAUCUAGAACUGCUCCACCAGCCACAAGAAGAUCAAAGUCAGGACGUAAGAGUAGUGUAAUCUCUAAAAUUUUUGUUCCACAGGAGACUAAUUCAGAUGGAGAGGAAGAUGGUGAUACUUUAAGAAAUAACAGAGAAAGGAAAGAUUCUAUAACGGAUACAGUGCCUAAUGAUGGAGAAUAUUUCGAAACAUAUCUUGUUAGAAGUAUUGAUGAAGUACCAGCUGAUGUAACAAUCACUGAUUCUGCUCGUUAUUUGGUUGAUGAAGACAAUUUCACAAUGGAACAACUUUGUAAGAAGACUUUGCCUAUAGGUCAAAUUUCAGAAAAUUUUGAUAAAGCUAGAAAUGCAGAGAAACAAAAUCUUUUAAAGAGGAAAGAACGUCGUAAUUUAAGAAAAAGAGCAAGAGAAGAAUUCAAGUCUCUGCAGUCAUUAAAUAAAGAAGAAGAAGAACUCGAAAAAGAGGAACGGAAGAAGAAAAGGGAAAAACUAUUAAAUGCUGAGGUACCAGAAUUUGGAGCACCUAAAGGUCAGCAAAUGCAAUUGAAGAUUGGUGCCGAUGGUAAAAUGAUUUUAGAUGAAGAAUCGACUGUGGUUGAUAGACACAGAAAUGCAAAUUUAGAGAAUGCACAAAAAGAGAAAGUUGAUGAAAAUCCAUUCGAAAAUCUAUACAACAAUGCUUCAUAUGGUAAAGGUACAUACACAGAUCCUUGGACUUUAGAUGAAAUUAUUAAACUUUAUAAAGCCUUAGCUAUGUGGGGUACCGAUUUCAACUUGAUUUCUCAAAUGUUUCCAUAUAGAACAAGAAAACAAGUGAAAGCCAAGUUUGUCAAUGAAGAGAGGAAACAUCCAAUAAUGAUUGAACUAGCUUUGCGAGCCAAAUUACCUGCAGAUUUUGAUGUUUAUUGUGUAGAUAUACAAAAAGAACUUGGAACUGUUGAUGACUUCAACAAGAAGAUAGCGCAGCUGCAAAUUGAUCAUGAAAAGAAUAUUCAAGAAAUUGAAAAAGCAAGAGAAAGUGCCAAGAUUGAAGAUAUGAAUAUACAAAGGGAUGGUGACAUGGAUAAGAAAUCUUCUGGUGGUUUCAGACAAAGGUAUUUAAAUACAUACAGAAAAUCAGAGGUUGUCCUUGGUACCAUUGAUGAUGUUAAAAAAUUAAGAAAGAUUAAGGAUGAGACAGUUAAGGAAGAAGGAGAAGGAAAGGGUGAAGAUGAGCAUGAUGGUAGUGAGCAUGAUAGUGAAGAAGCCGAAGCCGAAGAAGAGGAGCAACAAGAAGAAGAGGAUGCUAAUGAAAAGAAAUAG